GAUCUGUUCACUAGUCUGAGGAGUUGCAGGAGAUGCCUAUAUCAAUUGACGAUCAGUGAAAAGAGCCAACACCGGUUUGUGGAGUGGCUCAUUCGCUUUCUUCCCUUCUAAGAGAUUCUGCCUAGUUAAAGCACGCCUGCUUGCUCCCCAUACAGCAGAGCCAUUCAGGACAAAUUUGAUGCUCGUAUAGAGGUUCUGGUUCAUACUUUGUGUGUUGGAAGCUUGCUUCUUCGCGUUCUACUCUUCCCAAUGGCGAGAUCAUACAUUAUAGUGAUAUGUGUCGUCCUUCUGCAACUGGCGAUGGUGUCCUAUGCUGCAGCGGCCGAUAGCAAGACCUUCACCAUCAUGAACUAUUUACCGAAGGAUGACUUCAUAAUCAUCCGCUGCGAUUGCCUGGACUCCAAUGAUAUUGUCACCGUGCUCAGCGACACCAUCGGUGAGUGUGAAGACAAGGAGUUCCAAGCUAGCACCUGCCCCAACGGUGCGUCGGCCAAGGGCUUCUUCUGCAAGUUCCUGUACUACAGACGAUCGGGCGUGACUAUCAAACAGCAAUACACAAAUAUCAAGGUCUGGGCAAGCACAGGGCCUGCCAGCACUUACUUCAAGCUCGACACCAAUGGUGUCUAUGGAUCGACCCAGUCUGAGAAUGUCGGAGCCGCCGCGAACAUUCUUAGUGGCUGGGUCGACAAGUCGUGGGUCGUCAAGGAUAAUUCUCUUGGAAACGGGCAGUCUUUCUGAUAAACUCAGACAGUGUUUCCCAAUCGCCAGCGAAAAGACUGCUAGUCGAGUUUCUGAUUGUUUAGAAGUGAUACAUUUACAUCCAGCAUCUAUAUGAGAUUCAUGUCUUGCGAUGGCAUAUCCAACAUGCGAUCUUUCGAUUUGCUUCCACUAAAUACUUGAGUAAACACUGAGCAUUGGCUCAUACGUAUGUUCUAUCUUUUAACUGCAAUGCGCCAUCUUGAUUUGCUAUUUUCUAUAUGCC